GUAGUACGUUUUAUUAUUGUUUAUUAAUUUGUUGAGAGCACCGGGCUGUAAAGAAGUUGCUAGACUUUGAUGCAGACAUUUUAGAUUAGGUGGCAGCGCUCACAGCUGACCUCAGCUUCUCUGCAGUCUUUCUUGGCUAAGGAAUAACUAAUCAGUCUUGAUUGGGCCAGGCUUUAUAGCGGCAACAACAGGACACCAGAGACAGAAAAUGGCUAACGUUGGAGAUUACGACUUCAGGCUGAUGGACCCCGAACAGAGUAUUCCCGCCACGAAGGUGGAGUUAACAGUCUCUGGAAGAAAACUUCUGGAUAUGGACGUUUUUUCCAAAAGUGACCCGAUUUGUGUCCUCUUCGUGAAAGCACUCGGCUCAAACGAGUACAGAGAACAUGGACGCACAGAAGCUAUCAUGAAUACACUGAAUCCUGACUUUGUCAAGAAGUUCACCAUGGAUUAUUUCUUUGAAGAGGUGCAGAACUUGAAGUUUGAACUGUAUGAUAUUGACUCAAAAGCCCAUGACCUAAAAAAGCAUGACUUUUUGGGAAAGAUGGAGUGCACGAUGGGUGAGAUCAUGGGAAGCGGUGGAAAACUCAGUAAACCUCUCAAAGGCCCAAGAAAGGACUGUGGAAAGAUCAUCAUCAGAGGAGAGGAGAUGAGUCAAUGCAGGGACAUGAUGACAUUACACUUCAAAGGAGAGCAUCUAGACAAGAAAGAUAUGUUUGGAAAGUCUGACCCAUUCCUGCUCUUCUAUCGAUCCAAUGAGGACGGAAGUUUCACCGUCUGUCACAAGACUGAAGUGAUCAAGAAGACGCUAGACCCCGUCUGGAAGCCAUUCAAUGUCAUGCUUAGAUCCUUCUGCAAUGGAGACUAUGAUAGGCCACUCAAGGUGGAGUGCUAUGAUUGGGAUAGGGACGGAGGUCAUGAUCUGAUCGGAGUGUUUGAGACAACUGUACGAGAGCUAUCAAGGGGACCAGGCCAUUCCAAUGUAUACCAUGUCAUCCACCCCAAAAAGCAGAAAAAGAAGAAAAACUACAAGAAUUCUGGCCUCAUUUUCCUGACAGCAGCCAAGAUCGAGCCGCAGUUCACCUUCCUUGACUACAUCCAAGGGGGAUGCCAGCUCAACUUCACCGUCGCCAUCGACUUCACUGCCUCCAACGGGGACCCCCGGACACCUACCUCCUUACAUUACAUGAACCCAUACCAACCCAACCAUUACUUGAGAGCAUUGAGAGCUGUUGGGACGGUCAUACAGGAUUACGAUGCAGACAAACUCUUCCCUGCCUUAGGCUUUGGGGCCAGGCUGCCUCCUGCAGGGGUCGUAUCGCAUGAGUUCUUCUUGAACGGAAGUCAAGACAAUCCAUACUGUGCUGGUAUAGAAGGAGUGAUAGAUGCAUACCAGAAAGCAUUACAUACCGUCCAACUCUACGGUCCCACCAACUUUGCCCCCAUCAUCAACCAUGUAGCAAAAUUUGCUGCUGCUAAACGAGAUGGAUCAGAAUACUUCAUACUCCUCAUCAUUACGGACGGUAUCAUCACCGAUAUGGAGAAAACAAAAGAAGCUAUCGUCAACGCUGCUACAAUGCCCCUGUCCAUUAUCAUUGUUGGAGUUGGAAAGGAGGAUUUUUCAAAAAUGGAAGAGUUGGAUGGUGAUGAUGUCAGAUUAUCAUUCCGAGGAAAACAAGCAGCAAGGGAUAUUGUACAGUUUGUUCCCUUCCGUGACUUUGAGAACUCGGACAACAUCAUCAUGAGCCAGGCUCAGCUUGCCAAGGAAGUCCUGGCCGAGAUCCCAGACCAGCUCGUCUCCUACAUGAAGUCCGCCAAAAUCCAUCCCAAGCCCCGAAGGGCCUCCAUCACGUCCACCAUCUCGAGUGUCUCGACCACGGGGGCCCAACAUGGCUAUUAACGAGUUUAGGUCCAAACACCGAGUGAGGUGAUGAUAGCUUUGGAAGUGGAGCCUUGAUGAAGCUUUGGUUGAUGAGCUCUACAAGGUUCUUUCACGUUGUCGUUUGGAGACGCACCAUGCAUACUCCCAGUUUGAAUUGGUUUGGCUUUGAUAUGUAACCACAGAAGUUUACAGCAUUUGACCUGAAACUCACGGACUGAGGAUUGGCAUAGCGAAGUGGUCUGCUAUACAUGUCUACAGAGAGGAGAGAGUGGAGUUCCGCAAGGAAAGCUAUUUUAACCCAUCAUGUUUAGUGUGUCUUUCAGACAGUUAUGCAAUGUAUAUAUGAUAUUUCUGACCAUAUCAUAAGGAAGGAAUUGUUAGCUAGUUUUGCCUUACAUGUAAAGAAAUACCACACUCUCGACUCUAUAUCUUUCAGAUAUUGUGCCAUACAUUUGUUGUAAUAUAUUAUAAAGAGACUUACAGCAAAAUACUAUUCCUUACUGCAGCAGGUUCCUAACUACAGCAUUUUGCACCACAUGACUUUAUGAGUUUUCCGUUCAUGUCUUCAACUGUGCACAUCUUUUGCUGUAACAACUCGAUCCUGUUGAAGACAUGUGGUAUGUACAAUGCUCAUUGUAGUGAAUAAUCUACAGGAAUAGAAUUAGUCUCUAAAAUCUGAUAUACAUGUAUACUAAAAAUAUCUAGGUAUUAGUUGUCAGAGAAAGUUUUUGAAAUAUUCACAUAUUCUAUACUAAUCAAGAGGUUACCAGCUUUUCUGAGUGCGAAAAUAUAAUUGAAUAAUAUACACAUUCUUUAUAAGAAUGAGAGACAUUUUAAUAUUUUAAUGCUA